AUGAAAAGCCCAGGAGGGAAUAAUCACUCUGACCCUGUGAGUGAAUUCAUUCUUCUUGGAUUCCCUUGUACCUGGGAGAUUCAGAUCCUCCUCUUCUCACUCUUCUCUGUAAUCUAUGUCCUGACGCUAACUGGAAACCUGUGCAUUAUCUGUACAGUGUGGUGGGACCACCAUCUCCACACACCCAUGUACAUCCUGCUAGCCAAUUUUUCAUUCCUGGAGAUCUGGUAUGUCACUUCUACUGUCCCCAAUAUGCUAGCCAAUUUUCUAUCUGAGACCAGAACCAUCUCCUUCUCUGGCUGCUUCCUCCAGUUUUACUUCUUCUUCUCCAUGGGCACCACUGAGGCCUUCUUCUUGUGUACCAUGGCCUUUGACAGGUACCUUGCUAUCUGCAGACCACUGCACUACCCCACUGUCAUGACAGUUCAAUGCUGCAUCAGAAUGGGAGCCGGCUGCUGGGUGUGUGGCUUCUCCUCUUUUGUCCUCCCAGUUUAUCUCAUCUCCCAGCUUCCUUUUUGUGGCCCCAAUACUAUUGAUCACUUUUUAUGUGACCCAGGACCCCUUAUGAAGUUGUCCUGUCUGCCAGCUCCUGCCACUGAGAUCAUCUGUGCCAUCUUUAACUCAGUAAUAAUUUUCUCCACUUUCCUCUUCAUUACCAGCUCCUACACCCUGGUGAUCAGAGCUGUGUUGAGGGUCCCCUCAGCAGAAGGCCGGCGCAAGGCUUUCUCCACAUGUGGCUCCCAUCUGGCCGUGGUGUCCCUGUUCUUUGGCUCCAUCAUGGUGAUGUAUGUGAGCCCAACAGCAGGCAAUCCAGCAGGGUUUCAGAAAAUUAAAAUUGUAACUUUAUUUUAUUCUGUGAUGACUCCACUUUUCAACCCCUUGAUCUACAGCCUCCAGAAUAAGGAGGUGAAGGCGGCCCUGAGAAAACUGUUUAGGAUUAUAAGAAUUGGUCAAAGACAGCCUCUGAAGAACUAG